AUGUCUCACACGCCAACUUCAACCACCCCAUCGGGUAAUGCCUCUUCAGCCGGCCAACAAGAUAAGAAACCCUCUUUGACCGGGGUGAGGAUCAAGCAGAGAAAAGGUCAAGCCAAAGCCACAGCAAAGUUCGAACCCGAGGGCUUCCGUGACGCUCUUCUCUUACACCUCGCCCUUAUUUCCACUCCUUAUACGACCGACUCAUUAGUCUCCAAGCUCGUUCAGGCCGGAUCCACUCUUGAGUUCUUGAAAUACUAUGAACAAUUGUUUGAGAUCCUGUUUGUAGGGGGAUUAUUACAACCUGGCGGAAGUUAUUUGGAUGAUAAGAGAUCACCUAUCUAUAUCCUCAAAGACGAAUCAGAAGAUGACGGUACAUGGGGUAAAAAUGUCGGUGUGAAAGGGAUGAUCGAAGUGUUGAAGAAGGUUAUUCAACGAUACAAAUACCUACAAAAACCAUUGGAAGAGAACUUCUUACCCGAUUUAUUGGGUUAUUUGCCAAAAUGGGAUGAAGAACAUCGAAAGAAAUUAGCAGAAGCUAUUGCUCUGUUGGUUAUUGAUCUUCAAAUCUCUUCAAAAUUCUUGGUUUCCUUGACUAAAGAACACGUAGUGAAAGAUAAUAUCGGAUUAAACUUUUUCACUUCGUUCGCUAAAUUCUAUUUAUCCAAAUCGUCGAUCGACCAAUUCUCUUCAGCAGUUAGAAGAUCAGGUUUGAAAGAUAUUUUGAACCUCUUCCCACUUCAAACUAGAGAUAAAACCCACUUGGAUCAACAUUUCAAGAAAGAGGGUCUUCAACCUAUCGUAGAUUGGUAUAACAAGUUGGCGUUGGGUGAAGUCAAGGAAGAGACCAUCCAAUCGGUAGAGAGAAUGAUCAAUGACGAGGAGUCCAACGAACAGAUCAUCGAGACCCUCAAAUCUCAGCAAGCUGAGAAACCAGUUCCCGAAGCUGAUUUGGUCGAUUGGAUUUGGCAAGGUCUAAUGAGGACUGUCGAUAUGACAGCUAGAGCCGAUCAGAUCGAUGCCUUCGUCGUACAACAUGUGACAAAAUACGCUCCAAUCCUGGAACCAUUCUGCAACACAGCUAAGGCUCAAGUCAACUUGAUCAACUCGGUUCAAAUUUACUGUCACACCGAUACAAGAAUUAUCAAGUCUUUCGUGCAGAUCCUCAAGAUCUUCUACAACGCCGAUGUAGUUUCGGACCAAGCUAUUAUCUACUGGCACCAGAAAGGAGCGAAACCUAAUGGUAAACAACAUUUCCUAAAAGCUACCGAGGCUUUGGUCAAGUUCCUCGAAGAGCAAGAUUCAGAUGAAGAGGAAUAG